AUGAUUAAAAUCCAUGAUUCCCGCAAAAAGAACAGAAAAAAAAACUGUUCCCAUAGUCCCUCUAAAGAUUCAAUAUACAGCAGUUAUAUCUCGCAGUUCAAACACAGUGUACACAGUACGCUACGCCGAGGAUUUAGUUCAAGUGCAUAGCAAAAUCGAAAGUGAAAAUAAUACAAAGAAAAUAUUCAAGAUCGUAUAACAAUAAAUUUUCAACCCAGCGGAAAGUUCCUAAUUGAAAAAUUUACAUACUUAGACUGUUUAAGUGUUCCAGUUAAGGAAGGUCGUUCGCCGAGACAUUCAGACUUAACAAGAGAAGAAGAAAAAAAAAAUAACAGCAAUUUUUUUGAUUGAGUGACAUCACAUCGUCAUCAUGACCAAAGUCGAAUUGUACAAAUCGCGAGUCUUCGUCACGAUUAUCCAUUUACUAGCCUUGGGUCAGUUUGCUUAUGGCUUGUAUUUUGAUAAAUUUCCAACAAAGGCACAAAAUUUGCCAGGAGUUCCAAAAGGAUUUUCUAAUAAAAUGAAAUUUCUAACAUAUUGGGGACUGAUAAUCCAAGCUGUCUAUUUCGUCAUUUGUCUAGGAAAUGACUUUAUCGGAACCAAUGAGGUUGCGCCAAAAAAGAUGCCAACAAUUCGAAAAAUCAAAGAUUACAUAUUGGCUGCCUUGGCAUUUCCAAUUGCUUUGAAUGUUGGCAUUUCAUUUUGGACAUUGUAUGCUAUUGACCGAGAACUUGUGUUUCCCAAAGUCUUGGAUGCUAUCUUUCCAGGAUGGCUAAAUCACAUUCUACACACAAACAUUGUUGUUUUCAUCGUCCUUGAGAUGUUCACAUCAUUCCGAACCUAUCCAAAACGUAUCAACGGUUUGGCCGGCCUUAUUGCCUUCAUGUUGAGCUACCUUAUAUGGGUGCAUGUCAUCAAACACUUUUCUGGUGUUUGGGUUUAUCCCGUGCUUGAAGUGCUUGAAUUCCCACAACGAAUUGUUUUCUUUGGAGCUAUCUUAGUGUUUACCGUGUUUCUCUAUAUUUUCGGAGAAACUAUCAAUAAAAUUGUUUGGGCUAAAGAGCUUAAACUUGCUCAAAAGAAAGUAAAGUAAACAAUUUAUAAAUUAGAAAACCAAAACAAAAACAUUAUUUAGAACCAAACGACUUUUUUGAGAGAGAAACAAAAAUAUCUUAUUGAUAUUUGUUUUAUUAUAUUAUUAUUAUAAAAUUGGAAAAAAAUAUUGAAAUUUGUAUCCUAAUUCAAACUAACUUAUAUUGUAAAACAAAAAUUAAGUGCAUUAGUCAAUUUUAUUCGCUGUGAGAACAGACAGUUUAAAAAAAAUAAAUCAAGUGACUAACGAA